GCUCGCCGCUCACGCCGCCUCGCUCCCUGCUCGCGGCAUCGCUCGCUGCUCACGCCGCCCCGCUCCCUGCUCGUCGCUCACGCCGACCCGCUCCCUGCUCGCGGCAUCGCUCUGCUCCAAUCCGCCGCUCCACUCCAAGUCACACGGAGGCAGCCAUCGCAGCCUCGCCCGACUCCGUUUCCCCUGUUCUUUGGGAGUGUUAAAACAGCUCGCUGUUUUGGGAUUUGCCGCCUCAAGUUUCAUCUAGCUACCUCAAACAAAUCCUUCAAUUUCCAUGGCUACAUCGGUACUUCUCCUAUUCCACCUUGUGCUCCUACUAGUAGUGUUUUUAUUCUUGAGUAGAGCAUUUUGCUUUCAACUAGCAUGUCUAAUUGCAUAUAAAUUACUUGUUCUAGAUAUCAACUCAAUAUACUAACGAGGAGGAAAUUAAAAGGAAGAGAAAGAAGCGAAAGAGAGUUGUUGUAUUAGCUGUGUCUAUUAUGGCUAUUAUUGCAAACCGGUAUCAACGGAGGAGACCUAGACACAUCGUAGAUGCUAACGAAGUUCAAGAGAGAAAUGUCGAGUCCAGAAAACAAAUGCUACGUAAUAUGUACCAGGGUUCAAAUGUCUAUUGCUAUGACAGUUUGCGCCUAACUAAGAGAUCUUUUAGUGACGUGAGUGCCAUCUUACGGGAAAAGAGUGGCCUACAUGAUACCUUAAAUGUGUCGGUAGAAGAAAAGCUUGCAAUUUUUCUGCUUAUAGUAGGUCAUAACACCAAAAUGAGGUUGAUCCGUAGCACUUAUGGGUGGUCCCUUGAGCCAAUCAGUCGACACUUCAACGAAGUGCUUAGAGGGAUUCUAUUUUUAAGUCAUGAGUUCAUCAAGCUUCCUAAUCCAGAAACCACUCUACCUGAGGAUCCAAAGUGGAAAUGGUUUGAGGAUUGUCUAGGUGCACUAGAUGGCACACAUAUCGAUGUGAAUGUUCCAUUGACUGACCAAGGUAGGUAUAGAAAUAGGAAGCAACGAAUCACCACUAAUGUAUUAGGGGUUUGUGAUCGACAAAUGAAGUUUCUGUAUGUCUUGGCUGGAUGGGAAGGGUCGGCUUCGGAUUCACGCAUACUACGUGAUGCCAUGUCACGGGAGGACUCAUUUGUUGUUCCUAGUGGUAAAUACUAUCUAGUGGAUGCUGGAUAUACAAAUGGUCCGGGAUUUCUUGCCCCGUACCGAUCUACACGGUACCACUUGAAUGAAUGGGCUAUUCAAGGCAACAAUCCAUCUACCGCGAGAGAGUUAUUCAACCUACGCCAUGCAACAGCUAGGAAUGUGAUAGAGAGAACUUUUGGGCUAUUGAAGAUGAGAUGGGCAAUCUUGAGGACCAGCUCAUAUUUUGAUUUAGAAAACCAGAUUAGGAUCAUCCAUGCUUGCUGCAUAUUGCAUAAUUUUUUAAGGGAUAGACAAAGAGAUAUGGACGAUAUUCUAAUACAUGAAGUUGAUAGUGUCAUCUCUGCUGCUCCUGCUGAAAAUCAAGGAGAAAUGAGUAUGAUUACGCAUGUUCAAUCAAGGAGAAAUGAGUACGAUUUGCAAUACAUGAACUGUUCAUUCAUUAAUGAGCCUAGGGAUAUUCUUUUCUUUGGGGGACUCUUUUCAGAUUUGACAACGCCAUCUUAAUUGAUGCUGCAUCAGGUUUGUUUGGGUGUUCGUUAAAUAGUAGCGGAUCAGCACUUGAGCCUGACCAAAUGGCAGUAGUGACCUUGUUUAUUUUUAGCUUCAUAUAUUCCAUUUUUACUCCAAAUCUUUCGUGGAGCCUUCCUGGCCGAAUGGACCAGCAAGCAAUAAUGGCCCUGAUCAGAAGAGGUGUCCUGUUUGCAAGAUUCUUAAUUUGGUUGCUUCAUUUCUGCCAAUAUUUGAGAAAGUGGCUACAUAUUUACAUCACGUCUUCUGAACAUUGCACAUAUAAGACGAAUGGCGUCAAGCUGAAGCUUUUCAUUAGUAGUGACCUCUCA